AUGGCUUUAGCUGUUUUACCGAACAAACGUGAUGCAUCAUCGUAUUCUCAAUUACUUCAAACUCCCUUUCAAAGUCAACCAACGGUUAGCAUAUCAUCAAUGUAUUCACCAUCUAGUACAUCUGGAAAUGGACAAUCUUUUAAUUUUGACAAUUUUAACACACAAGAUAUCCAAGGUGAUUCUUCCCAAGCACAGUUGCAAUCAUUACAGAACUUUGGACAACCUCAACAAAAAUCUCAACAAGAUUAUAAUAACCAACCACAAUUACAACAGGUGUAUGCCUCAUCACAACCUCAACCACAGCAAAGCUAUAGUGCUCAAAUACAAAGGAUAAUACAAGGGUAUAGUGCUCCACAACAACCACAACAACAGCCACAACAGUCACAACAGCCACAACAGUCACAACAGCUACAACAGUCACAACAGCGACCUCAACAAGGUUACUUACCACCACAACAACAGCAACCAUCAACACAACCACAACCAAGCUAUGGAACACCAACACAACAACAGCAACCUUCCUCACAACCCCAACCGAGCUAUGGAACACCAACACAACCACAGCCACAACAACCAAUACCACAAACUCAGCCAAAUUAUGGACCUCCACCACAACAACAGCAACCACAACCACAGCCAAGUUAUGGACCUCCACAACAACAACAACCAUCACCACAGCCUCAGCCUAGUUAUGGACCACCACAACAGCAGCAACCACAGCAAAGACCACAGCAAAGUUACAACACACCACAAUUUCAGCAAAGUUAUAGCCCUCCUCCACAACAACAACCAGUGUCACAACCCCAACCACAGUCGAAUUAUGGACCUCCUCAACAACAACAACCAGUGUCACAACCCCAACCACAAUCAAAUUAUGGACCCCCUCUACAACAACAACCAUUGCCACAACCUCAACCAAGCUAUACGCCACAGCAACAACCUCAGUCAAGCUAUGGACCUCCAACACCACAGCUACAACCUCAGUCAAGCUAUGGACCUCCAACACAACAGCAACAACCUCAGCCAAAUUAUGGGCCUCCACCACAACAACAACCAUUGCCUCAGCCUCAGCCUCAGCCGAGUUAUGGACCACCACAACCACCACAACAACCACAACAGCCAUUGCCACAAUCACAGCCAAGUUAUAGUCCUCCGUUGCAGCAACCACCACAGACAAACUAUGGUUCACCACCACAACAACCCCAACCGUUGCCGCAGCCAAGUUAUGGACCACCACCUCAACAGCAGCAACCGCAAUCAAAUUAUGGCCCACCACAACAACAGCCACAACCAUUUCCACAGCCCCGGCCCAAUUAUGGACCACCUCCUCAACAACAACAACCAUUGCCACAAUCCCGACCAAGUUAUAGUCCACCUCAGCAACAACAACCGUUACCACAACCAAGUUAUAGUCCCCCUCAGCAACAACAACCUUUGCCACAACCUCAGCCAAGUUAUGGACCUCCACAAUCACAACAACCUUUACCACAACCACAACCAAGUUAUGGACCACCAAUCCAACAGCAACAACCAAUACCACAACUCUCACCAAACUGUAACCAUCCACAGCAGCAACAACCAUUACCUCAACCACAGCCAAGCUAUGGAUUACCUCAACAACCACUUCCCCAGCCACAGCCUACUCAACCUUCAGUAUCAUAUGGUGCCCCAGUACAAAGUACUAUAGCUCCUCAACAAAAUUACGGAAGUCCAAAACCAUCCAAUACUAAUAUUCCUCAAUCUAAUCAACCAACUGUAGUACAGUCAAUCAGUUUUGGAAUACCAUCGCAAUCGUUUAAUACACCAAAUCAACUAUUGGGGAUGUCACAAAAUCAAAAUGGGUAUUCUUAUAGCCCUCCCGCUGUUCAGCAACAAAAUAAUCAAUUUCAAGGUUAUUCUUAUAACCAACCAACUCCAAGACCAAAUCAACAGCCACAACAGCCACCACAGCCACAACAGCCACAACAACCCAAGCAGCCUAGUUUCACCUACACUACAUCUCAAACGCAACCUCAAAAUAUACCACAGCAGGUUGGUUAUUCAUACAACCCACCACAACCAGCCACAGUACAAAAUAAUGCAAAACCCCCCUCAUCAUCGCCACCUCAACCCUCAUAUGGCAUACCACAGCAGCCUCAAACUUCCCCUCCGUCAAGCAAUUAUAACCCUCCCAAGCCGCAAGCCCAACCACGACCACAGGGCAGUUAUAUUUAUACCGGUGUUCCUGCAACGAAUACACCGAGACCGCAGCCGUCUCAGCUAGGAUACAGUUACAGCCCAACUCAAAUCCAGAUUACUCAGGUGCAGUUUAAACCACAACAGACAACAUCAGGGGCAGGAGGGUACAAUUAUAACCCCCCAUCAAUACCGUUCGCAACGCCGACCUCGCAAGCCAAUUCUCAGUCACAAUUCCCAUAUAGCGGGCCGACGCAAUCGCCCCUGCCGACGUUUACGACGUCUUCGCCAACGCAAACUUACAGCGCGUCUGCGAUUGCUCCUUCGAUAGUGUCACCGAACGGACGGAACUUAAACUACCAGUCGUCGCAGCACAAUGCACAACCAAACGGGUCACCGUCACAGGCUUCUGGUAGCUAUUUGACGCCGAAACCGGGCCAGUCUAGUACACAUACCCAAUCAGCGGGCUACGGGUCGCAAACACAACAGCCGACGCAAAUACGAUUUGAUGAAUUUGCUGCUCCACAGUCAGAAUCACAGCCGCAACCUGUGUACGGCUGA